CACAAUUCCUAACGCCCGUCUUCGGUAAAACGCGCCUGCGCACAAGAGACGCCCUCUUUCGGACCCGACCGUCUUCCGCUAAAAUGGCCAAGCGCACGAAGAAGGUGGGCAUUGUGGGCAAAUACGGCACCCGCUACGGCGCCUCCCUCAGGAAGAUGGUGAAGAAGAUCGAGAUCAGCCAACACGCCAAGUACACCUGCUCUUUCUGCGGCAAGACCAAGAUGAAGCGAAAGGCUGUUGGCAUCUGGCACUGUGGCUCCUGCAUGAAGACUGUAGCUGGUGGAGCUUGGACCUACAACACAACAUCAGCUGUCACAGUGAAGUCUGCUAUCAGAAGACUGAAGGAACUGAAGGACCAAUAAACUUCAGUGGCUUCAUUUUUGUACAGAUUGCAAGAAAUUUGUGACUCGUUCAUUUGGUCAGUUUAACAUCCUUGAAUAAAGUGGUCAUGAAUGAUGA